GGGGAAACGAAAUCGAGAAAGUCAAGAAAGAGGAAAACUUGGAAAGUGUGCCUAUCAUCAAGCUCGUUGAAAAUGUUCGAUCCUUCUGGCGUUAUUGCAACCUGACCAAAAUAUUGCACAUCAACGCUAUCGACAUUCAAUCUAUUACAAAUAUUUCUAGACAAAACAGACGAAUUCAAAAGUUUUUUAUUUUGCCACUAGAGAAAUGGCGUGAUCCGUUGCCGCUAGAAAUGAAAUAAACAGCCGUGGUUCGCAAUUUUCUUCGAAGUAGUAGCGGACUCGACUAUGUCUUUAGUUCCAAUCGAUAGCCCGUAAUCCCUCCCUUCUCGGAGGGGCCCACUGAGCGGUUUGAACUUUGGCCGCCAGCCAUUGGACGAGCUGUCAGCCCCUCAGACUCUUCGUCGCCGGCCAUGUGACGUCACACGCUUCAAAACUCAGCCAUCACAGAAAGCUGAAAGGCUUGCUUCCCUAACAGAGCUGAAGGCUUCGUAAAUUCGACCUUAUUUUCGCCAGAUAUUCAGCUGGUUUUGAUUGCUGGAAUAGCUGCAGUGUCGAAGAAGCGUUUCGGCUUGCCUGAGAGACAUCUUGUGGUAUUUUGUUUAUUUAAACGUGCUCACAGCCAGUUUGGCGCCAGAGGACUCUUUUGCUUAGAUUGUUCGACCCAUAUUCGCAUUGAACAGCUUGAAUUUCUGACGUUACAAGAACAAGAAUCUAUUCUCUUUCAUUUAUUAAAGCAGUUAUAGAAUAACUGUGGUUUGAGACGAACUAGAAGCAGAGAAAGUGAAUCCAUUAUGGCUACUAUGGCUUCGCUAUUUUCUUUCACGCCACCCGCGGUCAAGCGUCUUUUAGGUUGGAAACAAGGAGACGAAGAGGAAAAGUGGGCUGAAAAAGCUAUCGAAUCUUUAGUUAAGAAGCUAAAAAAGAAGAAGGGUGCCUUGGAAGAUCUGGAAAAGGCACUUUCAAACCCUAAUCAGCCUUCUAAAUGUGUGACGAUAGCACGUAGCUUGGACGGUCGACUUCAGGUAUCGCAUCGCAAAGGCCUUCCGCACGUCAUCUACUGCCGUGUUUGGCGGUGGCCUGAUUUACAGAGCCAUCACGAACUUAAACCUCUAGAGUGCUGUGAAUACGCUUUUGGAUUAAAACAGAAAGAAGUAUGCAUAAAUCCAUACCACUACCGGCGCGUCGAAAGUCCAGUUCUUCCACCAGUUUUGGUGCCUCGACAAAGCGAAUAUCCAAGACCUCCUCCUCCUCUUCCACCUCCAUUCCGUGCGGCAGAAGACCCUCCGAUGCCAUACAAUGCUUCCUUUCCUUUCGUGAAUCGACCAAGACCAAGCACUGCUGAGCAAUCUCCUCAAAAUUCUUUUGAAAUAUCAGAGUCGGGUACAGGAUAUAUGUCAGAAGAUGGAGGCUCGCCUAGACCAGACACCAUGGACGUGGAUUCUCCUACUCUUCCAAUGAAUCCCUCAGCAGCAGAUGUUAUGUCCCAUGUUACAGCCGUCAAUUACCAAGAACCUCUCUCCUGGUGCUCUAUUGCCUAUUAUGAGCUGAAUAACAGAGUUGGUGAACUUUUUCAUGCUAAAAGCACAAGCUUAAUAGUAGACGGCUUCACAGACCCAAACACCUCUAACUCUGAAAGAUUCUGCUUAGGGUUAUUAUCAAAUGUAAACAGAAAUUCCACAAUAGAGAACACAAGAAGACACAUUGGAAAAGGUGUGCAUCUAUACUACGUUGGAGGAGAGGUGUACGCAGAAUGCCUGAGUGACUCGGCAAUUUUUGUUCAAAGUAGAAAUUGUAACCACAGUCAUGGAUUCCACCCAACUACAGUUUGUAAAAUACCCAGUGGGUGCACACUGAAAAUAUUCAACAACCAAGAAUUCGCACAACUUCUGUCACAGUCUGUCAAUUACGGGUUUGAAGCCGUGUAUGAGCUUACAAAAAUGUGCUCAAUUAGAAUGAGCUUUGUCAAGGGCUGGGGUGCAGAAUACCAUCGACAAGAUGUUACAAGUACUCCAUGUUGGAUUGAAGUUCACUUGCAUGGCCCUCUGCAGUGGCUUGAUAAGGUUCUAAGCCAAAUGGGCUCACCACGAAAUCCCAUCUCAUCUGUCUCUUAAAAAGACAUUUCAAAUAUAUACCACUUUUAUUGUAGUUAGUCGUUACUCAUUUUUCUCGUUAUUUGUGUUCAAUAUUUUCUUUUAUGGAACUGAGUAUGAUAUCUGAACCAUACUUGUUAGGUUAAGCGAAGAAUUGGUGAAAAAUUCUCACCAUGAAUUGCAUUAAUUGGUUUCCAUCUCAUCAUAAAUAUUGCAUAGUAUUUUGCCGGUCUAAUUUUUAUAAGAUAUGUACUGCCAUACUGUAAAUGUUAAUCCUGUUAUACCUUGAAAAGAUGUUAUAUUGAGAGAUCAACGUUGGUGUGAUGUCACUUCUGCAUAGUGCAUAUAGAUAACAAAACCUUAUAAGGUAUUUUUAUUUACAAACAUUUUGUUAGUACAUAGUUAGCAAUAAUUGUACCUGUAUGUAAGAAGAACUAGUUUUGUAGAUUUUCAUGCAAUGGCCAAUAAGGCAAACUUUAAGAAGGUAAUCUCAUUAACUCAAACCAGUCAAACAUGCCAUCCCCUUCCCCCCCCCCCCCCCAAAAAAAGAAAGCAUUAAAAAUUAGGCCCAAAAUUGUAAAUAACCUGCACAACCCUUGAGAAAGGAAAGAGCUUGGAAUAGGCCCAUUGUAUUGCCAUAUACUACCAAUACAGUAAUCCCUUUCAUAUACACUUUGUCAUGUAUGAAUGAUUAGCAGUACCAACGGUCAAAUGAGGUGGCCAAAACUUGGUGGUAAAAUGCUAACAGCCUAUUGAUCAUUACAUGAUAAUUUUAAGGUGGACAUGCGUUGUUGAGUUUUGUUCCUGUUGAGUUCUUAAUAUAAUGCUUUAUUUAACUGUUUGAAGUAGUCUUGAUAAAUAUGGAAGAGUGCUUUAAAUUUAAGUGAUUUAAAAAAAUAAUAUUUUGGGUUUAUUUUGGGCAAGGUAAAUUUCGUUUUAAAGCCAUACUUGGGCUCACUCUACCUGGAGUGAAUACUGAUUGGCAAAAACAAGGUGUUAAUGUUGUAUCAGCUUCACAAUUAAGUUAUUUACAAAUUUGAUAACAUGUUACUUCCAUUUGACAAGGUUUACUUCUAGCAGUAGUAAUUACCAUCGUUGUGUGCCUAACAAAUAAUGGCAAAAAAAUUCUUAUGUUGAAAUUGCAAAUACAAAAGCAUUGACUAGCUUC